AUGGCAGCUUCGUCAGCAGCUGCUGCAGCGAGAGCAGCAGGAGCAGCAGAGAUAGCACGUCAAGCCGGAAGAACUGCUGGAGGAAGCGUUGCAGGUGCAACAGCAGUAGCAGCAACUGCAGCAGCAGCAAUAGUAGCAGUCGCAGCAGCAGCAACAGCAGCAGCCGGUGCAACCCAUCAAGGACACGAGGAGGCUGCCCUCACAAGAAUCGGUGGAGAGGAUUUUCGCUGCCAGCAGCAGCAAAGAGGCCCCCCUUCGUUGCGUGGGCCCCCUCCAAGAGCAGCGCAAGUUGAGGGUUUCCGUAGCAGCAGCACCACCACCACCAGGAGCGGCAGGCCUCAUAAUCGUGCAGCAGCAGCAGCAGAGUAUCCAACUGUACAUGAUAGGCCGCAUGAUGAUUCAACAGCCCCAAGUAUGGUAGUGUUUACAUCAAGUGGCAACAACAGCAGCAGCAGCAGUAGCAGCAGCAGUAGCAGCAGCAAUAAUUGGGGAUUUGCUUCUGUCCCACCCCAUAAGGCACUUCAAAUGCUACAUUUCCUACUAGCAGCAAAAGCACAAAUUGUUGUUAAAGGAGAGACACAGCAACUGCACUCUGCUGCUGAUGUGCUGCUGCAUGGUGCUCAACUUUUUCAAGAACUCCUUGAUUUCCAUACUAUGCUACAGGGAUCGGGAUCCGGAUCGGGAUCGGGAUCGGGGGAUCCUACAACAACAGGUCCACGGCAGGAUAGAUGGGAUCGAGAUCCUCAACAACAGCAGCAGCUACAACAACAGCAACAGCAGCAACAGCAGGAACAUGUUGUGCUGCUGCCGUCAGCAUCGGGACAUAAUGUACUAGCUAGAGAUACUUCUUCAGUGACCGCGGUAUCACCAGCACUAACUGCAGCAGCACCAACAGCAGCAACAGCAGGAAGGCCAACUAGCGAGAGAGGGGGGUCCCCUAGAACAGCAGCAGCAGCAGCAGCAGCAUGGGGAUUAUCUCCUAAAGGAGACCCACAGCUAACAUUAGAAGGCAGACGCAGCAGCUCGCUGCACCAGUUUGCUGCAGCAGAUGCAGCAACAGAGGAGACAAUGCAGCAAUUUGCUGCUGGUGGGGUUGGAGGAGGAUGGCGUACUGAUGUGCAGCACUUCCGCAGCAACAGGAGCAGCAACAACAUAAACAGCAACAAUAACAAUAAUAAUAUUAAUGGCAGCAGCAACAGCAGCAGCAGCAGCAGGGUCUAUCCUCCUCAUACAGAACAGCUGUCCUGGGAAUCGCAGCAAAGAGACACAGCAGCAGCAGCAGAGGAUCGAUCCCCAGCAGAGCUGCUGCUACCUCCACCAACCCCACAGUUCUCUGCUGCUUCUGCUGCACCUAGAGCAUCAGAAGCAGAUCUACCCACUACAGUUGCUGCUGCAACAGCAACAGCAGCAGCAGCAGACAGCGACAGAACAGACACACAACAGUGGCGUCUAGAGCCCAGCAGCUCCCUUGUAGACAUUCCGUAUAUCCAGCAGCAGCAACAACAGCAGCAGCAGCAGCAGAUGCGGCAGCAGUUGCAAGAGCAGCAAAUGCAAAUUCAACUCGUGCAGCAAAGCCGACAGCAACAGCUCCAACAGCAGCAGAUGCUGAGGCAGCAAGAACUGCAGCAGCAUUUACAGCAGCACAUACAGCAGCAGCAGCAGCAGCAUCAGUUUGCUGUUACUGACAAUCAAGCAGGCUCACAGGUGCUGCAGUGCUUAGAGGCAUCUGUCUCGUCUUUUCUGCCUGAAGCGCAGCUGCUGCAGGAGCUGCAGCGGCAGCAGCAGCAACUGCGGCUGCAAAGUGCUCAGCUGCAGGAACAGCAGCAACAGGAGCAGCAGCAACAACAGCAACAGCUGCAGCAACUACAGAGGAGGGGUGGAAGCUCCUUGCUGCUGCACAGCAGCACACAGAGUGGCAGCUCUAACUACUUUGCCCUCCCUACUGCUGCUGCGCUGCUGCAGACAGCAGCAGCAGACAUCGAGGCAGGAACAGAAGCAAGAGAGUAUACAAACAAUAACCAGAGCAACAGCCCCCCAUCUGCUGCUGCUUCUGCUGCUGCUGCUGCUGGGGGUGCAGUAGACUACGGAUCGCAUGCACUAGCUGCACCAGGACAGGGACAAGGGGCAUCUCUGUGGCGCCGCAGCAACAGCAGCAAAGACACGCCAAACCACAGCAGCAGCAGCACCAGCAGCUCGCGUCUCUUUACCUUUAACCCUGAGCAACUUGAGCAUGCUGGUCUCCCUGCUGUACCCUCGGGGGGGACCCCUAAACAUUCAGGGGCCCAGGGGCCCCCUAACUCCCUUCAAUCGUUUCGGGACACCCAAGGAUCUUCACGGGGGCCCCACACCUCGUUAGGGGGCCCCCAAAUGGGAUCUUUGGGGGGGGGUCCCAUGGGAUCUCUAGGGGAGCCCCCAGGAUCUUUUGGGGGCCCCUCAGGCUCUCUUGGGGGCCCCCAACAAGGCUCCUUAGCUGCCCUCCCAGGAUCGUUUGGGGGCCCCUCCCAAUCUUCGUCAGGUGGCCCCAUUGGGUCUUUUGGGGCCCCCCAACAAGGCUCUAUGGGGGGCUCCCUAGAGUCGCUUGGGGGACCCCAAGGGUCCUUGGGGAUUUCCCAGGUUUUCUCCUCAGGGGCCCCCUUGGGGACAACAGGAGGCCCGCAGAGAAGCUCCCAUGGGGUUACCUCCCAGGGGGGUAGUACCCUCCAUGGGGGCCCCUCUGGGGUCCCCCAGGGUACCCCUCCUAGGGGUUGGUCUGGUGGUGUCCCUGAGGACGUUGUUAGUGGGGCAUCCGAACAGCAGACAACAGAAGGGGUACUGCAGCAGAGCAACUCUUUUAUAGGUGUGGGGAGGCAGCAAGAAGAAGAAGAGUUUGGAUCUAGAGCAGCAGAGCUGGCGUCCUCAGGGCAGCAGCACCCGCAGCAGCAGCAGCAGCAGCACCAACAGCACCAGCCCCAGCACCAGCAGCAGGUGUUGCAUGGAGGGGCCUCAGAUGUGCAGCAGAGCUCGAGCAGCAGUCUCUUUGCUGCAACAAGACCUCAUUUUGCUGCUGUCUCCUCUAGGCCAAGACAAAGGAGACGCAGACACCGCAGUGGUUGCAGCAGCAGCAAGCACAUCAGCAGCAACAACUACGGCAGCAGCAACAACUACUACAGCAGCAGCAGCAGCAACUGGGAUCAGCCUGCAGAACGAGACUGCGCAUGCGGAGCUGGUACCGAUUCAAUAGAAGAUUUCCGUCUACCCCCACCUGCAACAAGCGCAGCAACACCAGCACCAGCAACAGCAGCAGACUGCAGCACAGAUGAGCAGCAAUAUAAUAGCAGAAGGGACAGAAGAAGAUUUGUUUCAGAAGCCCUCCAAUGUAGUGCGGGGCCCCCCAGGCGCUUAACAGUUGCUUCUCCCCCUUGGCAGUGCGAUGGCUACAGCAGCAUCAAUAGAGACUGCAGCACGCUCUCAGGAGACGUGCUGCUGCAGCAGCAACUGCAGCAGCAGCAGCAGCAGCAGGUGCUGCUGCAGCGAGGAGUCUUGACUAUUGAUCAUUUUCUCUACUUUCUUCGGCAUGAUGAUGCCGUCCUCUUCUUUCAAUCUUUCGACAGAGCCAAUCCUGAGUGUAUAACUCGAGGGGAAUUUGUUUGCGGAUUGAUGGAUGUCUACAGAAAACAACUCAAACUAAGACAUGCAGCCAGGUUGCAUGUGCCGAUAACAAGCAAAGCAAAUCGUUUAUUAAGUUACAUGAGGCGAUAA